UUCAUCUGAUUAGUCUGACAGCGGGUCACGUGGUUCCCGGCAGGUUUCCGCGUUGACGGAGCUUCGUUGCUGCUCACUCGGUGUUGAGUUUCUGAGGAGGAUGCGGUGUGGUCAUGGCUUUUUUUAAUACGCUGGAGCGAACCAAGGAAAGGUUUUCUCUCUUGCUGCUGGACUUGGAGGAAUACUACUUUGAGCAGCACACUGCUUACCACGUGUCAAGCGAUUCAAGAAAGGAGAAAAAAAUCAGAGGUUCCUUCAAGGUUUGCUCCAGAUCUAUCAUAUUUGAUCCUGAUGGUCUUGCAGAGCCGAUUAUAAAGAUUCCUCUGCGAGACUGUCAGAAGAUUGAGUUUGUGGAGAAAGAGAACAAUCCUUUUAAUGAUCCCAAGCCACCGGUCAUCACAGUUUCAUGUAAACAGGUUAUUUUCAUCAAAGAAAGCAAUGUCAUAGCUCCGCACAGAAAUGAAAGGGGAUCAAAGAACUUGACCUUUGAAUUAGACGUUUGGAGUAAAACAGAAGAUGUGGUUCAGACAUUACUGCAGCUCCACAGAGCUUCCUGUUUGGACAAACUAGGAGACCAGACUGCUAUGAUUGCAGCUAAUCUGCAGUCCCGACUGGCAAGGUCAUCAUUUGAUAAGAAUUGUUUUCAGGGUGUUGCAGAAAAGUCACACAUGGAGUGUCCUGUAGAGAUGGUGAUGCCUCUGGUGUCCAAUCCAGGUCAUGUCUGCAUCACAAAUGAAAACCUUUACUUCCAGCCUCUUAAUGGACAUCCGCUGCAUGUGAUUCAAAUCAAACUGAACGAAGUCAGGAGGAUCUACAAAAGACGCCGUGGUCUCAGACCUUUGGGGCUGGAGGUUUUCUGUAGUGAGAAUAACUUAUGCUCAGACAUCUACCUGACGUUUUACAACCCAGUCGAACGAGAUGAAAUCUACUACUACAUCGCUACAUUCCUGGAGAACCAUAUCAAGGAGCACACAGCAGAGAGUUACAUGUUGCAGUGGCAGCGUGGGCAUCUCAGCAACUACGAGUAUCUCCUCCAUUUGAACAACCUGGCAGACCGCAGCUUCAAUGACCUCUCUCAGUACCCUGUUUUCCCCUGGGUCCUAGCAGACUACACCAGCACACAGUUAGACUUAACAAAUGCAGCCACAUUUAGAGACCUAAGUAAACCCAUCGGGGCCCUGAAUCAAGAGCGGCUCGACAGACUGCUGGCUCGGUACAGAGGCAUGCCUGAGCCACGGUUCAUCUAUGGAAGUCAUUACUCCUCUCCAGGAUACGUCCUGUUUUACCUCGUCAGAGUCGCUCCAGAGCACAUGCUGUGUUUGCAGAAUGGCCGUUAUGACCAUGCAGACCGCAUGUUUAACAGUGUCAGUGAAACAUGGAAAAACUGCUUACAGGGAGCAACAGACUUUAAAGAGCUGAUUCCAGAAUUUUAUGGAAAUGACUCCAGCUUCCUGGAAAACAGUCUGAAUCUUGAUUUGGGCAGAAAGCAGAAUGGAACCUUAGUUGGUGAUGUUCUUCUUCCUCCGUGGGCGUCUGAUGCCAGUGAUUUUCUUAAAAAGCACAAGAUGGCGCUGGAGAGUCAGUAUGUAUCAGAGCACCUCCAUGAAUGGAUUGAUUUGGUGUUUGGCUUCAAACAGAGGGGCAGUGAAGCUGUGGAAGCUCAUAAUGUUUUUCACCCGUUGACCUAUGAAGGUGGGAUCGACUGUGACAGCAUUGAGGACACAGAUCAGAGAAUAGCCAUGCUGACGCAGAUCCUGGAGUUCGGCCAGACGCCCAAACAGCUCUUCAUAGGCCCUCACCCUCAUAGGAUCACACCCGGGGUUCAGAACGUCACACGGAGCUCCAGCAUUAACUCCGCUGUCGGUGAGCUGUCCCCAGUCUCUCUGUGUGAGGACUCGUCCUUUGAAGACCUGACUGAAGAAAGCAGGAAGUUGGCCUGGGCAAACAUGGGCAAUCUGAAACGGAUCUCCAGCCACAAAAUCCAUAAGGAAGCUGUGACGGGCAUUGCUGUGACUAGAGAUGGGGCUUCCAUCUUCUCUACAUCCCAAGACUCGACUCUUAAAAUGUUCUCUAAAGAGCUGAAGGAGUUCCAGAGGAGCAUCUCCUUCUCUAACAUGGCAUUAUCUUCAUGCUUGAUGCUGGCCGAUGGUAAAACUGUGGUGUGUUCUUCAUGGGACAACAAUGUCUAUUUCUACUCCAUCCCAUACGGCCGGCGGCAGGACACGCUGAUGGGUCACGAUGAUGCAGUCAGUGAGAUCUCUUGGUUCGAUGACAGACUCUAUACAGCAUCCUGGGAUUCCACUGUUAAGGUAUGGCAUUAUUCCUCUAACAACCAAUCCAGUCACAAAAGAUCCAAGUUUGAGUUACUGGCUGAGUUGGAACAUGAUGCAGGGGUAAACACGGUCAGUCUGAAUGCCACUGGAACUCUGCUGGUUUCUGGCUGUAAAGACGGGACAGUAACCGUCUGGGACACCAGCAGCUAUCUGACUCUUCAGCAGGUCCACUGCCAUGAUGGAACCAUUCACCAAUCAGCCUUCAGUCCUGACAGCAGGCAUGUUCUCAGUGUUGGUGACGACUCCUGUAUGAAGGUUAUAGACGUUCAGACUGGAAUGGUGAUCUCAUCUGUUAAGGCUGAGGAGGAGCAGAGAUGUUUCUGCUGGGAUGGAAGCUCUGUGGUGUCUGGAGGACAGUCUGGUAACCUUCUUCUUUGGGACCUGCUCAGCAAUACAGUCAUCAACAGAAUCCCUGCACACACAGGUGCUGUCACAGCCAUGUGGAUGAACGAGCUGUGCAGCAUUGUGAUCACAGGGGGAGUGGACAAACAGAUCAUGUUCUGGAGGCUGCAGAGUUAAAGAUCUCUCUGCAGCAACAGAGACCAAAACGUCCAGUGCAAUACACAGGCCAUGUUUCCUCCUGAUCAUGUGACCCAACUUCCUGACAAGGAACAGAGACUCGUGACACAGCUGGGAAGAUCUGAGAACGUACCCUUACAUUAUGUUAGAAAGUUGGGUGGAGGAUAAAAUCCCGUCGUCUCUCUCACCGUACCGUUAGUCGUCAUCGUCAUAUAAAUCUAGAGACAAACAUGUCUCAAUGCAGUGUUUGGUAGCAGGAAGCUAAAACAAUGUAAUCGCCUUAUUUUCAAUUCUUUUAGCCUGUCCUUUAUGCAUACGUAUGUGACUUUUAUUUUUUGCUUUGUACUGUUAUUCAGAGGAACAGCUGUAAACUCAAAGGAGAGGGGUUUGUAUAUCUAACAAGAUGGAUGUUAAUAUUUUUAUCAACAAUAAUGUUUCUGAAUCCA